UCCAUUGGCUUCAACUGGUCACGAGUAAUCCGCUCUCUAUCUCUAACUCCCCCUAUAUAAUAAUCCCCACAUAAAUCUCCCACCAUUCCUAUAACCUCCUUUUUCAUCAACACACAACUUUUUUUUUUUUUUCCUCAUUUCUCUUUCAUUUUACAUAGUCAAAAAAAUGGCUACAGAAGGUACCACCACAACCACAAAGCCAUGCGAAUACCUCCAAGACAUGGAAGAAGUGAAAAAAGUAUUCUCUCGUUUCGACACAAACGGCGACGGCAUGAUCACCGGCGACGAACUCUCCGGCGUACUCAAAGCCUUAGGAUCCGAUACGUCACCUGAAGAAGUUAUACGGAUGAUGGAUGAAAUCGACACCGAUAAAGACGGGUGCAUUAACAUUGAAGAAUUCGCAGCAUUUUGCAAGAACGAUGAUUCUCUUGAUGGCGGUGCCAAGGAAAUGAAAGAGGCGUUUGAUCUUUAUGAUCAGGAUCAUAAUGGUAGGAUUUCUGCUACUGAACUUCAUCAGAUUCUGAACAGGUUGGGUCAGAGUUGUACGAUUCACGAUUGUACUAGAAUGAUCACGUCCGUUGAUUCUGAUGGUGAUGGUUAUGUUUGCUUUGAAGAGUUCAAGAAGAUGAUGGGUAAUAAAUAAAUAAACGUAGUAUGUUUUUUGUUGUUAUUGAGUUUUCAGCUGUUUGAAUGGCUGAUAUUGGUGAGGCACACCGGAGUUUGGUGUGGCAUCAUGUAGUGUAUGACUAUUUUGAUCCAAUAAAUGGCAAGACCUUGGCUUUC